UGCUAUUUAUUGUUUGGUCAAACAUUUUAUAUAUAGAUAUUUGGCUUCCAAUUUUAAUUUUUAGCCCUGUUGUUGAAACGGCAUUUGUUCAUGUUUUUAAACUUUUAAUGUUAGAGUUUUAUUACAUACUUCUUUUUAAGGAGAAUAAAUUUUUUAUACUGAAACAACAAGCAAAGAACAAAGGAUCAAAAAGGAACAAUGGGAUUUCUCAAGUCAGCCAAUAUAAUGCCUAUUUUGUGCUUCAAUCUUUUGACAAUCUGUAUUCAAGGCAGUCUUGCAUUUCCAGAUUUGUCAUACCACAGACAAACGAAUUCUUCCCGGUUGGAACAAUUGCGAAAUGGGGAGCCCAACAGUAAAGAUUAUGAAAUCGUUCAGCUGCGAAUCCUGUCCAAGAGGAGCGCUGAUGACAAGGACGUAAUUAGGGUCCACUUCUCUGCCUUCGGAAAGAAUAUCCACCUGCGCCUCCAAAAGAAUGAGGAUUUCAACGAUAAACUGGAGGCCUUGAGAGUCUAUGAAGCAACAAUGAGCUACGGCGAUAUUAAACUCGAAGAAAUAAUUUUGAAGGGUGAUGAUCUCGGAAUACCCUACAUAGACCCAGUUCAGAUGGCCGCUGUCACCAUCCGUCACGCACCUGAUGGGAUAUUGCAAAUGGAUGGUGUCAUUGGUGACGACUUGCGCAUAAAACCUGCAUCAAAUGACAUCGAUUAUCUUAUGGAAUUUUUUGACUACGUCGGCGAGUUUGAAGACGACAACAGAAUCAUCAAUUUUGGAAAAAAUGGAAGAAAUAUUCUUGGAAACUCCUCAUCAACUAGAAUUAAAAGUGGUCUUCACUUAGUGUACAGGAGUUUAACGAAGUCGACGAUGUCUUCUAAAAGUUUGCCGCUCGAUGACGUUCUCAACAACAUCGACUCUGCAGACGAUGGACGUCAUCGUAAGGGACCUCUACAUGCGUGGCCCGAAGUACUCCUGAUGGUGGACUACAAUACUUAUGAAAUGCAUUUAAGUCAUGGCUUCAACGACACACAGAUUAGGAAUUACUACAUCAGCUUUUUGAAUGGGGUUGAUCUAAGGUUCAAGACACUAACAAACCCCAAAAUCAGUCUGAUACUGUCUCAAAUUGUAAUUUUUAAAAGCAUGGAUGCGACUCCAUUCCUGAAAGAGAACAUAUUUCCAGGCACAAAUAUAUUCAACGGAGACAAAGCCAUGACUGACUUGGGGCGCCAUCUUUAUUCGGCCAGAAAGAAGUCGGAUUUAUAUCCAGAGUUCGAUUUGGCCAUCCUUUUGACUCACCUCGACACCUGCAGCGAUCAUAUUAUAUGCGAUCGGAGUACAGCAGGUAUCGCUUAUUUAAUGGGUGCUUGCACUACACACCAGUCGAAUGAACAAUGGAUGGGUGUAGCAAUUGUUGAAGACCGUGGAGGUUUCGAUGGCAUUCUGACUGCUGCGCAUGAGAUCGGACAUUUGUUAGGAGCAGAUCAUGACGGUACCCCAAAUUACCGCCUGGGUCUUCGAGAUUCUCUCGCUUGCAACCUUGGAGACGGAUAUAUCAUGAGUCACACUACGUUGUCAAGUCGGAUGUUCCAAUGGUCAGAAUGCAGCGUCAAGCAGUUUAGAUACUUUUUAAGCUCUGAAAGAGCUUCUUGUUUAUUCAACCAGCCCAAUUAUCCGAAUAAACUAGAGAAUAGUGUGUUACCUGGAGUUGUGCUGUCUCUGGAUGAACAAUGUAACCGUAUGAUGGGAUCUCGAGCAUGCGCAUGGGACAGCAGAGUGUGCACCGGCCUCCUUUGCUACGAUACUGUUUUUGGUAUUGAACCUUGCUGGGUCGGACUUACUCCAGCUCCAGCUGCAGAAGGUUCCCCUUGUGGAGAAGAUCUCCAUUGCAUGCACGGAAAAUGCGUCUCGAAGUUUCUGAUCUACAGUCAAGCUUGGCAUAUGGAACAUAGAAAUGCCCCAAAAAUUAGCACUACAGAGAAACCUGUAGAAACCUGUACAGAGGACAGCGACGAGUUUUUUUGCGAGAGCUACUUCUGGACCAUUGGACGUAAAGAAGCCUGCAAAAACAGUCGCAUAUUUGAAGAAUGCUGUUAUUCUCACAAGGUUUUAUGUAAAGUUAGGUCGUUGUAAACAUUUCUUUGACGACACAAAUUAUUAUCAAACUUGAAAAUAAUUUAAAAGAAGAAAUAUAUCUAGAUAAUUAAAUGAAUUUGAUCUGUGUGCAUUUUUACUUUUUAUACUUUAUUUUUAAGGAAUUUGUGACUUUAAGUGUAGUUAUGUGUUAAAUUUUGGUUUCAGUGCCUUCAGAAAAACAAGUUUAAAACAUAAAUUCGAUCUUCGGGUGCUUACAGCCAUAUGCUAAGGAUUGAUCGCCAAAUAGCUCACCAAAGAUGUGACAGGAUCAAACAAUUGAUUCAAUAAAAAUGCUGAAUUCCUUCCAAAAAAUUAACAUGCCGUAACUUUUAUAUACCAUUGUCUUGCAAUAUGUUAUCUGGGAGAACACCUUUAUUUGAUCUCGGAUAAUUAGUGCAAUUUUGAGAAUCGAUAAUGAAAAACAAUUUUAAAACACAAAUUUGAUUUUUGGAUAUUUUUAACGCAUGCUAGGAAUUAAUCGCCAAAUAACUCGACGAGUACACACGAUAGAUUCAGUAAAAAUGCUAAAUACACAUCAAAGGUUAUUAUUUCUUAGCUAUUGUAAGCCAGUGCCAUGUAAGGCGUUCUCUAGCAUGACAAAUUUAUUAGAGAAUAUCCGAGAAGGUUUUGAGGAAACCAUUCUCCCUGGUUUCAAUGAACUACGAAUGAUUUAUCGGAUUUUUAUGACCCGUACGGAAAUGCUCUGUACAGAAGAGUCCCAAUACCAAAAUUCUUUACCUAUCAAAUUGAAUCAAAUUUUUCAGUAAAAUGUUUUAUAGAAGAAACUUGCGAAGCUUAUCUUUUAUUUAUUUUCAAUACAGACUUUUACAGUUGGGGCAUUCUUUUCUAACCUCAAAUCUCGUAAAUGAAUUACUGUUAAGUGCUAUAGUUUUUAUUUUUACAUACAUUUGAUUAUUUUCAGUUACUGCAAAAGUAUAGUCUCGUUAUUUAUUUCAUGUUUUUUACUUCUUUAAAUUGUAUUGUAAGAAAUGGUUAAUUUGUACGUACAUUCGAUGAUUUUUCCGUAAUUGUAAAUGAAACAUUCCGUUAUUUAUUUCAAGUUUUUUUAGAUCUCUAAGUUAUAUUGCUUAGAAUUCUGAUGAGUGACUUCAUUCUAAUGUCUUUUCUGCCAGUGAAAUCAAUUGCUGAAUUGUCACGUCUUCUAGAUAGAAAUUAAACGUAAGCUGCAACAAACGGCAAAUCUUGCACAGAAUCUAGCAUCUGGAUAUUGAAAGAAUAGCACCACCAGUAAAUAAAUUCAAUUUUUUAAAGUUGUAUUUUGUUGUUUAUUCAUGCACAUUUAUGAAUAUUUUAUACAGACAUGCAAAUAAGGUUUUAUGAUUCAGAUAGCAUAGCUUGCUGUCUGUAAGCAAAUUUAAAUAUAUCUUAUGAUUGGUGGAAAGAUGCAACCUUUAAUGCAGUAUAUGCGCCAAUAAAUUUAGUUUCUAUGAAUUUUAAAAAUUUCAUUUUCAGAUUCUAAAGAGAAUUCAUUCGUAACAAAGAUUUCAUUUCCAAAUUCUAAAGUGUAUUCAUUCGCAAUAAAGAUUCCAUUUCCAGAUUCUAGUGGGAAUUCAUUCGGAAAAAAGAUUUCCAGAUUCUAGUGGGAAUUCAUUCGGAAAAAAGAUUUCCAGAUUCUAGUGGGAAUUCAUUCGGAAAAA